AUGGAAGCUAUAGUUUCUGCGGUCAUUGAUGGCGCUAAAACAGUGCUUAAGUUCACCUGGUCAAGAAUUAAGACUCUUUCCGAAUAUGGAAAGAACAUUCUUGAACUCAGGGAACAGUUUGGAAACCUCAUGGACAAAAAGUUGUUAAUAGAAGAAGAUAUCACCUUAGCCAAACUGGAAGGAAAAACUACAAAACCGCAAUGCUGGAGAGUGGCAAAGAAACUUGAUCUGGUGAAGGAGCUGAAUUCUACCCAUUUUGAAACUGUUGCCACUGAAAGUAGCUCUCCAAUAACAGCGGUGCAGGAAAUGGCAGUGGCAUCUCUUGUGGGGCAGGGGGCAGCAUCGCAAAUGAAGCAGCUUUUGGAAAUCCUGUGGAAGACAACUUUGGUCAAGAACUUGAGCAAUGAGCUGUGUUUUUCCUCUCCUAAUUCUUUUGAUAUUGUCAUCUGGGUUCAAGUUUCUAGAUCAUUGGAUUUGAGCACAAUUCAGUCUCAGAUUGCCAAGAGAAUUCAUCUAAAAGUAGAAGCAGGUGACCGCACUCACAUUAUAGCUAGCAAAAUUCUUCGAAGACUGAAGCUGAGAAAGAAGAUCCUUCUGAUUCUUGAUGAUGUGUGGGAAAUGAUUGAUCUUGAUGCUGUGGGUGUUCCAUCAAAGGAUCCCUGCUGUAAGAUCCUUUUAACCACUCGAUCCCUUGAUGUGUGCAGGCACAUGGACGUUCAUGUUUCUUUUCAGUUAAAUCAACUGAGUGAAGAAGAUGCUUGGAAUCUUUUCGUGCACAGUGCUGGACCUGUACUUGAUACAAAUGGUAUAGAAUCUCCAGCAAGGAAAAUUGUUGCAAGUUGCAAUGGGCUGCCCUUAGCCAUUAAGGCUCUUGGAAACUCAAUGAGGGACAGACCACAGAUCGAAUUGUGGCGAAACGCGCAUCUUAGGUGGCGCUGCUCAUCACCUUUGUUCAAGAACAUUGAGAAAGAGAUAUUUGGGACUCUAGCAACAAGUUAUCAUUUCUUACCAAGUAAGAUUCUAAAACAAUGCUUCUUGUUUUGUUCUUUAUACCCAGCAAGCUUUUCAAUAGAUGUCGCUGAACUCAUCCAAUGUUGGGUAUCUGAUGGUUUAAUCAAUGAGAGCCAAAGUCUAGAGGAAGCACACAAUUACGGGGUUGCUUUGGUUGAACACCUGAAGGACUCGUGCCUACUGGAUCAAGACUCAGAAGGAACUGUGAAGAUGCAUGACAUUUUUCGUGACUUAGCCAUAGUUCUGUCCCAAAGUCAAGAAUUGUUGUAUGGGUUUCACACCCAGUCCGGCCUUCCAUUCCAUCAGAUGCCAAACGAGUCUUCCCAAAGAGUUUCUUUCAUACGUUGCAGGAUCAAAAGGUUGCCAGAAUUUCCUGUAUAUUCCCAGCUGACUGUCCUUUUUCUCCAAGGCAACCCUAUACAGAAAAUUCCAAAGAAGUUCUUUUACAAUCUUGUCUCUUUAAGGGUACUAAAUUUAAGCGAAACUCGAAUUACUUCUUUGCCCCGAUCAAUUCUUUGCCUGUGUGAACUGCGUUCUCUCUUUCUUAGAAACUGUUCUAUUCAAAAGCUACCUUCUCUUAAAUCUCUUUGUAAACUCCUAGUUCUUGACCUUUCUAGCACCCGCAUAAAAGCUCUUCCUAAAGGGUUUGGAAGUUUACGUAGUCUAAGAGAAUUAAACUUGUCAUGCACACCGUUUUUGAAUAAAAUAGUAGCAGGAAGCAUAUCAGGGUUAUCAAGUCUCGAGACUCUAUAUAUGUCUUCUAGUUCUUAUAACUGGAACCUAAAGACUGGCAAAAAUCAAGGAGCAACAUUUGAUGAGUUAUUAUCACUGGAACACCUAUCAGUUCUUCAAAUAAGACUGGACUCGGCCAAGUGUCUUGAAUCUGCAUCUUUUUGGCUCAAGAAGUUAACAAGAUUUGAUAUCCAGAUAAGACUAUGGAGCCAUGACUCAAACCAUCAUGUUGCCAAACACAAUAAAAAACGAUUGGUUCUUAGAGGAGUUGAUAUUCGGCUAGAAAACCUUCAAGAUCUUCUAUACAACACAAGCUCUCUAGAUGUGUUAACGUGUGUUGGCAUGAGUCGGAGACACUUGCUUAGCCUAUCAUCAUUGGUAUCACUCACUAUAUCACAUUGCAAUGAUAUAACAUGUUUAAUAAACAAUGAAAUAAGUUCCUGGGAAGUGUUUCCUAAUCUACAACACUUGGUUCUUGAUCAUUUGCCAAAUUUAGAGACUAUUGUUGAGGGGAUAAUCCCGAGAGGCGUAUUUCUCAUAAAGAUGACAACAAUUCAAAUUUUGGAUUGUCCAAUGUUAAAAGGAGCCGUAUCUUAUGCAAUGCUUCGUCAUGUUAAAAAUCUUGAAAAGAUUACAGUAAGUGGAUGUGAAAACAUGUCUUGUAUCAUCUAUUCAGGGGAGCAUGAAGAAACUGUUCCUAAUUUGAGGGUCUUAGAGAUGAACAACAUGGUCAAUUUGAGGUCAAUCUGUUAUGGUACAUCGGUUUGUCCUGCAUUGCAGCGGAUUGAAGUUUCUUGUUGUCCCGAGUUGAAGGAACUUCCUCUCUCAGUCUCUAAUUUAUCCAGUUUGAAAGAGAUUAGAGGUGAGAUCAAGUGGUGGAACAAUUUAAGAUGGGAGGAUGAUGAUGCUAAAAAUAUGUUUCUACGGUACUUUCAAGCAUACCCUAGGGAGAAUUGCUCAUGA